AUGGCGAGCCCGGCUCUGAGCGGCUCCGUGGAGCGUCUGAAGCGGCGCUAUCUGCGCGGGGAGCCGAGGCCCGCGGGGGAUUGUCUUUCAGGUUCAUUACAGACCAAAUGUAAAAAAGGAAACUCCCUAACAUACACAGGUAACUUGGACAGUUCAUCAGAUAAUACAAUUAUGCCUUUGUCCAUAAAUUUUUCACAAUCAAAAAGUACCCACAAUGGAAGAAAGCACUAUAGCAAACCUCUUAGUGACUUGUUCAAGAGUUUCAAAAACUUGGAUUGCUUUGAUGAUGAGCUGGAUUCGCUCUAUGAUUCAAGUCAGCUAGAACUAGAGGAAGAGGUCAUUGUAAAUGUCUCUGCAACUGAUGCAAUUCCAAAUACAGUCACGUACACAUAUACAGAAACAGAUGUCACCCUACCAUCCAAUUUGGCUGCAAACACAGUAACAUGUAGUGACCAUGAUAUCAGUAGUGGUCUGGUUAGGAAGAUUGUGAGCAAGCCUGAAACUCAGGUAUUGAGUGGUCAAAGAUUAAUACCAUCUCACAUCAACCAGAUUUAUGAUGAGCUAUAUGUCAUACAUCAGAAACUGCAGCAAGAAAAUUCAGCACAGCAGGAGUAUGCUCUGCAACUUCAGAAACGAGAACAUUUUUUAGCUGAAAGAGAAGCAUUGCUUUUCAAACAUGAAGCUGCUUUGACUAAGAUAAGAGGUGUGGAAGAGGAAGUUCAUGCAAAAUUUCAAAUUAUAAAGGAGCAACACGAGGCAGAAGUUAAACAGCUGUCAGAAACCUUGAGAGAGAAGACUAAAGAAAGCAAGAGGCUCAAAUCAUCAUUUGACACCUUGAAGGAAAUGAAUGACUCUUUAAAAAAACAGUUAAGUGAUGUAAGUGAGCAGAACAAGAAGAUGGAAGUUCAAGCAAGAAAAGUACAAGCACGUUUAGAGAAUUUACAAAGGAAGCAUGAAUUUUUAACAAUACAGAAAUCUAAAGAUGUUUCUCAAGCAAUGCAAGAAAUUAAAUCUGUGAAGCAGGAAAAAAUGGCAGCAACAUCAAAAAUUUGUAAGGUACCACUUAAUUCACAUGUUUAUGAGCUUUUAACUGUUCUUAUGGAUUGGAUCUCAGAUCAAUUCCUCAAAACGAAAAUAGAGGAAGAAGGAAGAGACAAUCAAACACAAACGUACUCCCACAAAAAUUACACACAAGAAAAGUGUGCAAAGCUUUUACCUAUCGUUGCUGAACAACUCCAGUGGAUGCCAUUUGUGAACCCUAAACUACAUAUGCCUGUAAUUAAAUUUACUUACUGGGCUAUAAGGCAGCUAGACUGUGGGACACAGCAUUCAACUAUGACAUCAACUAUGAGGAGGCUUGGUGAAGACAUAUUCAAAGGCAUAGUAACUAAGGGAAACCAACAUGGCUCUUCUGAGCAAUCUGCUGAAAGUAAACCAAAGAUAGCAGCUUUCUUUAAGAGUUCCAUUUUACCUUUGAGAUUUGUAUCAACUUUAAUUGUACUCAAAACAGUAACACAAGCUGAUUAUCUGGCUCAGGCAUUUGAUUCCCUUUGCGUGGAUUUGAAGACAGAUGAAGGGAAGGCCUUGUUUUUGGAGUACCAAUCUCUGCCUGUUAUAUUAAGUCACUUAAGACUAUCCAGUAGAGGUCUGCUUUCCAAUGCCAUUGAUGGUUUACUUCAGAUGACAAUGGAAUCUGGUUUUUUGCAGCCUUUCCUAGAAGCCUGCAGCAAUGAGACCUUUUUCCGUACUUGUUCUGUGUUGCUUCGAAAUCCUAAACUCGAUCUACUGAUAGUGGAAAAACUCAGCAUUAUACUGCAAAAACUCUCCAGAAUCAAAAGUAAUAAGAAGAUGUUUGAAUUGUUUACUAUUCAUCUAAUGAUCCAAGAGCUGCAGAGGACAACACAUCCAAAUCAUGCUUUUCUCUGUAUUAACCUCAAUUCAAUUCUCUUUAAUUUGGGCUUAACAAAGACCAACUCUCUUAUCUCCAGUCUAAGCACAAGUCACUAACGAACUGUAUUUUAUUAUGGUUUAUGUUCUGUAUAAUUUGUACAAACAAGAUUAUAUUUAUUUAUAAAAACUAGCAAAAGAUAGUGCAAACUAGCUAACAAGAACAUCAAUAGCUCAUUUAUUACAGCAUGGGUUAGAAUUUGUCAUGUUACCCUCCCUUGUAAUCAGUGUAUUCAUUGAAAGAGAAGGUGGGAAAUUGCACAAUCUUCAAGAGGCCUUCUUUGUUUUUAAAUUUUAAAUUUAGCUGAAAUAUACUACGGGGUUAGUGCUGUGCUGUUCUAGAAAACUGACCUGUUCAACACAACUGGCACCUGCUUGCUAGACACACCACUAGUACCUACUUCCCUCACAAAGUUGUGAAAUAUGAGUUAACCUUAAAAAUAUUAAAAAUUAAAAUUCUUCAGUGUUUUACCAACAUUUAUUAUUGUUUUUUUGUUGUACAGGUGGCACAUAACAUGGAAACAUUAGUCUUUUUGCAAAUGUAUUUCAGGAAAAUGAUUGUUUUAAUGUACUGAAGUCAAAUUGUGAUGCAAUUGAACUUGAUGUAUAUUAGGUAUAUGUUGAAUGAGAAAUUUUCUCUGGUCUGCGAUAUCCAGUAUUUACAGGAAUCGCUGUUCACUGUUUUCUCUUUACUUAUAUGUAUUUGCUGUACAUCGCUGUGCUUUAUUAACUCAUGAUACUGGUUUUGUAUUUUUUAUGGAUUUUGAUUGUAAUAUUUCUGAAAAUAUAAAGUAUUCCUUAAAUUUUUUGGAAUAAUAUUACUUCAGUUAAAAGACAUAAUCUUUUAAUAAAAUGAAUCCAUUUUCUAUUUUAUUAAUUUCCAAAAGGGCCGUAGUCCAGUCUCCUACUUAUGCACGCACUUUUCCAUACGUACUUUUCAAACACUAACAGCCAAUUAAUUUUGUCAUUUAUAUGGAUAGGUAUCGGUACUCAAAAAAAUGCAUAUGUACAGAAAAUGAGUCACUUGGCCCAACAAGUCUUUCAUUUCUAAUGUUUGUGUUUGAUUAUGCGAUUCUGUGGAACUACAAGAUAUAUUCUUCUCAACUCCUUGUAAUUAUAUAAUUGAAGC